AUGGCGGCGGUGGAGGCUGGUUCUUGUCAACUUAAGGCACGAAAAGAAGCCCUAAAUGACCUUGAGAGAGCUCUUCAGAAAUUUCCACCUCUACUUGAAAGGACCUUCCAUGCUGGUGGACGGUAAACAAAAGAUCGCUCAUUAGCUCGCUUUGUUUGUCCACCAGCAUUUGUUCAUUUCACCAUUGUUAUUUGUGUCUCCCGAGAUUGCAUGGAAACCACCUAUAGGCUUGAAUCUGAAUCCUCAAAUUUUUGAAAUCUGAGAAGUUAAUUGUUUAUCGGAAAUUCUGAAUAAAUAGUCAGAAGGUUCCUAUAUCUGCUACCUUUUCUGAGAUUACCUGGAUUGCAGAAAACGUCCCAGCGACUUCCGAAGAUUUCUGGCGAUUUUCCGAAGGCUUCCAAACGUUGCCGAAAAUGUCUGAAGUUUGAGCAUUUUCAAAGCUAUUUAAAAGACAACAAUUUUAACAUGUUUUGAUUUCGUUAGGACACAAAGUCAUCAUUCAGCACCUUUUUUGGAAUGUUUUUGUGAAAACUGAAUUGAAUUCUCAUUAGAAUAAUUCAUCCGGAUUUGUGAGUCAGGCAUUGGAAGUUGUUCUUGAUGCAUGAGAUUGAUGUCUUUGUUCAGUAGGUGGAGACUCACACAAAAAGUGUGAGAGUUGACAGGUUUAGGUUCCAAAUUGUGUCAGCUUUUGUGAAAAAAGUGACCUCAACCCCCCGCCCCCAUUCAAAAACCCGUCAUCCUUGAGGGUGGGGGGAGGAGGGGGUGAGGGUAAAAAAUGGAAUGUCCUUCAAGUUAUUUCAAGAUCAGCUGUAGUACACCAAUCUACAGUUCAUCAAAGGCUGGGUUUCACAGAGUGUCAGGUCUUGUUUUUGUCUUUUCAGAUUUUCUAACACAAAAGACAGUGCAGAGUUUUUGGAGAUUGACUUUUCUUUAAAUUUAGUUAAUGGUGUAAAAAUUCUACCUUAUUUUCCUUUACCCCACCCCUUUGCCUCUCAUUAAUAGUGAGCUUGAGCAAAGACAUUUUUGAGCGAUGCACGUCAACCAGAAGUGAGGCCUUCUCCCAUUUUAUAUGCCUUGACGCUAACAAAAUAAUUUGUAUUCCUUUUGUGAAGGCGAUUUACCCAAGAGUUUCAACCAAACCACUGUCCAAUGAUGCAAAAAUUCCACUUCCGGUUGACGUCUGUCUCUCUAAAAUGCUGUUGCUUAAGCUCCCUAGUGUCUCAGUGAGCAUCCUCUUUGUUGAAUUUCUGUGAAGUUCAACUGAGGUGCUGAAUAUUUCUUUCUUUUCUUUCUUAUUUUUUUGUUAGCUUUAAGUGCUUCAAGCCCAACUCAGAAUUUUGUCAAAUGCCCAUCAGGAGCACUUAAGUGGUCAAUGAGGAAACUACGAUCACUUGAGCAAAUUUUAUUGUAUGAUCCAGACAUCAUAGCAUUACAAGAAGUUGACCAUUUUGAAGACUAUUACCUUCCUUCACUCAGAAAAGUUGGAUAUGAUGGACUAUUUGUAGCCAAAAAAGACUCUCCCUGCCUCAAGUUUCCUAACAAUUCAGGCCCUGAUGGCUGUGCUAUGUUUUAUGAUAUAGAGCGCUUCGCUCUGGUGAAUCGUAAGGAUGUAACGUUGAAGGAUAGUAAUGGGCUUUUGGCAAAUCAAGUUGCAUUAAUUGUGAAUUUAUUUGAUAAAGUACAUGAGAAAACUCUUUGCUGUGUUGUUACUCAUCUUAAAGCUAAACAAGAGUUUGAAGAAUUACGACACUGCCAGGGAUUGCAGCUUCUGGAAUGUGUUUCAGAAUCAACCUCCGACGAUAAGUCAGUAUUAGUUUUUGGAGACUUUAAUGCUGAGCCAACUGAACGAGUUUGUCAACUGAUGGAAACAAAUCAAUACCUUUGCCUGAAAAAUUCAUACAUAAGUGCAACAGGUGCCAAUCCUGAAUUCACAACAUGGAAGUUUCGUCCUGAUAAAGAGGUCAAACAUACUAUAGACUAUGUAUGGCACUCCCCAGACCUUAGUGUAACAGGAUGUUUAAAGGUUCCAGACGGUGGUGAUGUUCCUGCUGAACGUCUGCCAUGCUUUCAGUAUCCUUCUGAUCAUCUGUCGUUAGUGUUUGACUUCUGCUGGGGAUGA